UUCUCCGUAAACGGAGGCCGAGGUGAAGGAAGUGGUUCCGCGGCGGACGACUGAUCGGCUCAUCGAGACAUCACAGCGCCUCGGGUGAAUGGAUGAAAGUCUAUCAGUCGCUUGAAUGUGAGUCUAUAUUCUCAACGUCGGACUAGAGGCAAUAUAGACCAGGGUGCUUCUGGACUGGAUGAAAGCAUCUCUAUCAUGAAGCCCAGAUUAAUUGCUGUUUCCUUCCCCAGACGACCUCUGAACCUACCUUGAACUCUUGCGGGAGGAGGAUGAAAUGAGAUAGAAGAGGACGACAGGAGGAGCCCAGCCCGACCCCCUCCCCCCCCCCCCCGCCGGCACCCACCUCCGACUCCCUCUCCUUUUGAAGCAUGGCGGGCCUGCAGCUCGUCACCCCUGCCUCUUCAGCCAUGGGGCCUUUCUUUGGGCUGCCAUGGCAACAGGAGGCCAUCCACGACAACAUCUACACGCCCAGGAAAUAUCAGGCCAAACUUCUCGAAGCAGCUCUGGAACACAAUACCAUAGUCUGCUUGAACACUGGCUCAGGGAAGACCUUCAUCGCAGUGCUCCUGACAAAAGAGCUCUCCCACCAAAUCCGCGGUGACUUCAGAGACGAUGCAAAGAGGACGGUUUUCCUGGUGAACACAGCCUCGUCGGUGGUGCACCAGGCCUCCGCCGUCAGGACGCACUCUGACCUCCAGGUGGGGGAGUACACCAGCCAGGAGGACGCCGUCGCCCGCACCCCCCAACAGUGGACCCAGGAGAUGACGGAGAAGCAGGUGCUGGUCAUGACGUGCCACAUAUUCCUGCACGUUCUGAAGAAUGGAAUCUUGCCGCUGUCUAAAAUCAACCUGGUGGUGUUUGAUGAGUGCCACCUGGCCAUCACCGACCACCCCUACCGGGAGAUAAUGACGCUGUUUGACGGCUGUUCUGGAGGCCCGCGGGUCCUGGGCCUCACUGCCUCCAUCCUGAACGGGAAGUGUGACCCGUCAGAGCUGGAGCGCAAGAUCCUGAACCUGGAGGACAUUCUGAGGAGCAACGCGGAGACGGCCACCGACCUCGUAGUGCUGGACAGAUAUGCCUCUCAGCCCAGAGAGGUGAUCCUGGACUGCAGCCCUUACCUCGACAAGAGCGGCCUCUCAGCACGUCUGCAGUCUGAGCUGGAGGAAGCUCUCCACUUCCUCAACGACUGCAACAUACCCUCAGCCCGGGAAGACCGGGACCCCACUUUCAUUUCCAAACAGAUCCUGGGCGACUGUCUGGCGGUGCUGGUGGUGCUCGGGCCGUGGUGCGCCGACAAGGUGGCGGGCAUCAUGGUGCGCGAGCUCCAGAAGUACGUCAAACACGAGCAGGAGGAGCUGCACCGCAAGCUGCUGCUGUUCACGGACACGGCGCUGCGCAAGGUGCACGCGCUGUGCGAGGAGCACUUCUCGCCGGCGUCGCUGGACCUCAAGUUCGUCACGCCCAAAGUGCUGCGGCUGCUCGAGAUCCUGCACGAGUACAAGCCCUUCGAGCGGCAGCAGUUUGAGAGCGUGGAGUGGUACAACAACCGCAACGAGGACAACUACGUGUCCUGGAGCGACUCUGAGGAGGAGGACGACGAGGAGGAGGACGAGGAGCAGGCGGAGGCCAAGGAGCGGCCCGAGGCCAGCUUCCCCUCGCCCUUCACCAACAUCCUGUGCGGGAUCAUCUUCGUGGAGCGUCGCUACACCGCCGUGGUGCUCAAUCGUCUCAUCAAAGAGGCAGGGAAGCAGGACCCAGAGCUGGCCUACAUCAGCAGCAACUUCAUCACAGGCCACAGUAUCGGCAAGAACCAGCCCCGCAACAAGCAGAUGGAGGUGGAGUUCAGGAAACAGGAGGAGGUUCUUCGUAAGUUCCGGGCCCACGAGACCAACCUGCUCAUCGCCACCAGCAUCGUGGAGGAGGGCGUGGACAUCCCCAAGUGCAACCUGGUGGUGCGCUUCGACCUGCCCAUGGAGUACAGGUCCUACGUCCAGUCCAAGGGCCGGGCCCGCGCACCCGUCUCCAACUACAUCAUGUUGGCCGACAGCGAGCGCACCAAGACCUUCCAGGAGGACCUCAAGACCUACAAGGCCAUCGAGAAGAUCCUGAGGAACAAGUGCUCCAAGUCGGCAGAGCUGAUGGAGUUUGAGGCUGAGCACGUGCAGGACGACGACGACAUCCUCCCGCCGUACGUGCUCCGCUCCGAGGACGGCGGGCCCAGGGUCACCAUCAACACGGCCAUCGGCCACAUCAACAGGUAUUGCGCUCGGCUUCCCAGCGACCCCUUCACCCAUUUAGCCCCCAAAUGUAAGAACUAUGAGAUGAAAGAUGGCCGCCACCAGUCCACACUCUUCCUGCCCAUCAACUCCCCACUGCGGGCUCCUGUCAAGGGUCCCAUAAUGAGCUGCGCCAGACUCGCCGAGAAAGGGGUGGCCCUGCUGUGCUGUGAGAAGCUUCACAAGAUCGGGGAGCUGGACGACCACCUGAUGCCGGUGGGGAAGGAGACGGUGAAGUACGAGGAGGAGCUGGACCUCCACGACGAGGAGGAGACCAGCGUCCCGGGCCGGCCCGGCUCCACCAAGCGCAGACAGUGCUACCCCAAAGCCAUCCCAGAGUGUCUGCGGGACAGCUACGCCCUGAUGGAGGAGCAGUCCUACUACCUGUACGUCGUCGGCAUGGUGCUCACCACGCCCCUCCCCGACGAGCUCAACUUCCGGCGCAGGAAGCUGUACCCCCCCGAGGACACCACGCGCUGCUUCGGCAUCCUCACCGCCAAGCCCAUCCCGCGGAUCCCCCACUUCCCGGUGUACACGCGCUCGGGGGAGGUCACCAUCUCCAUCGAGCUGCAGAAGUCGGGCUUCACGCUCACGCCGCCGCAGCUGGAGCUGAUCACGCGCCUCCACCAGUACGUCUUCUCCCACAUCCUGCGCCUGGAGAAGCCCGCCCUGGAGUUCAAGCCCACGCUGGCCGACUCGGCGUACUGCGUGCUGCCGCUCAACGUCGUCGGGGACUCGGACACGCUGGAUCUGGACUUUGAGUUCAUGGAGGACAUCGAGAAGUCGGAGGCCCGCGUGGGCAUCCCCACCACCCAGUACACCAAGCAGAACCCCUUCACCUUCAAGCUGGAGGACUACCAGGACGCCGUCAUCAUCCCCCGCUACCGUAACUUCGACCAGCCGCACCGCUUCUACGUGGCGGACGUGUACACGGACCUGACGCCCCUCAGCAAGUUCCCGUCGCCCGAGUACGAGACGUUCGCCGAAUACUACAAGACCAAGUACAACCUGGACCUGUCCAACCUCAACCAGCCGCUGCUGGACGUGGACCACACCUCCUCCAGGCUGAACCUGCUGACCCCGCGCCACCUGAACCAGAAGGGCAAAGCCCUGCCCCUCAGCAGCGCAGAGAAGAGGAAGGCCAAGUGGGAGAGCCUGCAGAACAAGCAGAUCCUGGUCCCAGAGCUGUGUGCCAUCCACCCCAUCCCGGCGUCCCUGUGGAGGAAGGCAGUGUGUCUGCCCAGCAUCCUGUACCGCCUCCACUGCCUGCUGACGGCCGAGGAGCUGAGGGCCCAGACGGCCAGCGACGCCGGCGUGGGGACCCAGAACCUCCCUCCUGACUUCAGGUACCCCAACCUGGACUUUGGCUGGAAGAGGUCCAUCGACAGCAAGGCCUUCAUCCCCUGCCCCGAGGCGUGCAGCGAGAGCCCCUGUCCUCACCAGCUGGUCGAGGAGGAGGAGGGGGGGGAGGACGGCCCGCCUCCCUCGACUCCUCCCCCCUCCCCUGGGGCCCACGAAGCCCCGCAGCCCGGGGACAAGGCCCCCGCCGGGCACCUCCCCAACGGCACCGGCCCAGCCGGCGACCACGGCCCCCUCCAGGGCCCCCCGGAACAGCACCUUCAGCAGCACGGCCUGCGCCCCCGGCCCGGCUCGCCGCCGCCGCCGGCCCCCCCUACCUCAGCCCCCCAGCAGCUCAGCCUGGGACCCCCGGCCCCCCCGGCCAGCGACGACCCCCCGGCCCGCGGGGACGCAGCUACCUCCCUGGAAGUGGAGGUGGAGGAGCGCGCCGGGGCCCCGGACGCCCCCCAGGGCCUGGGGCCCAACCCGGGGCUGAUCCUGCAGGCGCUCACCCUGUCCAACGCCAGCGACGGCUUCAACCUGGAGCGGCUGGAGAUGCUGGGCGACUCGUUCCUGAAGCACGCCAUCACCACCUACCUGUUCUGCACCUACCCUGACGCCCACGAGGGACGCCUCUCCUACAUGCGCAGCAAGAAGGUGAGCAACUGUAACCUCUACCGGCUGGGGAAGAAGAAGGGACUCCCCAGUAGGAUGGUGGUGUCCAUCUUCGACCCGCCGGUCAACUGGCUGCCCCCCGGCUACGUGGUGAACCAGGACCGGAGCCGCCCAGACAGCAGGGCCUCGGACGAGGCCAAAGAUGAGCUGCAGGCCAACGGCCUCUCGGGAGAGGAGUACGACGAUGAGGACGACGACAUGGCGGAGGAGGAAGAGGAGGAGCUGGAGGCGGACGAGGAGCCGGCGCCGAAGGACGAGCCUAAGGACGAGGUGAACAUGGAGGAGGACCUGGAGUACUACCAGGAGCACAUCAAGUUCAUCGACAGCAUGCUGAUCGGCUCGGGCGCCUUCGGCAAGAAGAUCACCAUCGGCCUGCCGCCCUCGCCCACCCCCGCCGCCUCCCCGGCCGCCUCUUCCCCGGCCGCCUCUUCCCCGGCCCCGGAGGAGUGGAAGCCCCCGCGCAAGUCGUCGUCGUCGCCGCACGCCGCCGCCGCCGCCCACUUACCCUCGGCGGACGGGCCGCACACAAGCAGCGGCAGCGGCGGCGGCGAGGAGUUUGACUACAGCUCGUGGGACGCCAUGUGCUACCUGGACCCCAGCAAGGCGGGCGAGGAGGACGAGUUCGUGGUGGGCUUCUGGAACCCGUCGGAGGAGAGCUGCGGCGCCGAGCUGGGCAAGCAGUCCAUCUCCUACGACCUGCACACGGAGCAGUGCAUCGCCGACAAGAGCAUCGCCGACUGCGUGGAGGCGCUGCUGGGCUGCUACCUGACCAGCUGUGGGGAGCGGGCCGCCCAGAUGUUCCUCUGCUCGCUGGGCCUCAAGGUGUUACCGGUGGGCCGGCGGACAGAGGCCGUGGCGGUGGCUCCUGACCUGGGCUACGGCUGGCUGAAGAUCCCCCCGCGCUCCAUGCUGGACCACCCCGACGCAGAGCGCACCCUCAACCACCUCAUCUCCGGCUUCGAGAACUUUGAGGCCAAGAUCAACUACACCUUCCAGAACAAGGCCUACCUGCUGCAGGCCUUCACCCACGCCUCCUACCACUACAACACCGUCACUGACUGCUACCAGCGGCUGGAGUUCCUGGGCGACGCCAUCCUCGACUACCUCAUCACCAAGCACCUCUACGAGGACCCGCGGCAGCACUCGCCCGGCGUGCUGACGGACCUGCGCUCGGCGCUGGUCAACAACACCAUCUUCGCCUCGCUGGCCGUCAAGUACGACUACCACAAGUACUUCAAGGCCAUCUCGCCCGAGCUCUUCCACGUCAUCGACGACUUUGUGCAGUUCCAGCUGGAGAAGAACGAGAUGCAGGGCAUGGACUCCGAGCUGCGGCGCUCAGAGGAGGCAGAAGAGAAGGAGGAGGACCUGGAGGUCCCCAAGGCCAUGGGGGACAUCUUCGAGUCGCUCGCAGGGGCAAUCUACAUGGACAGCAGGAUGUCGUUGGAGACGGUGUGGCAAGUGUAUUAUCCAAUGAUGAGGCCACUUAUAGAAAAAUUCUCUGCCAACGUGCCGCGCUCCCCGGUGAGGGAGCUGCUGGAGAUGGAGCCGGAAACCGCCAAGUUCAGCCCUGCGGAGCGGACGUACGACGGCAAGGUGCGCGUGACGGUGGAGGUGGUGGGCAAGGGCAAGUUCAAGGGCGUGGGCCGCAGCUACCGCAUCGCCAAGUCGGCGGCCGCGCGCCGGGCCCUCCGCAGCCUCAAAGCCAAUCAACCUCAGGCGCAAGCCAGCUGAGCGCCUGCUCCCCGCCGCCAGGGAGCUAGCGACCUAAGCUAACGAGAGGCAGAGACACGAGCCCCGCGCUGACCUCUGCCCUGUGACCUUUGCCUCCCCCUCGACGGCACGGCCACAGCGGCCCGGGGAACACUGGGGGGGCCGCAACGCAAGAAUCGAAUUGGUCUCGCAACGGAUUUCACCUUGGCUAUUUGGUUUAAUUUUUUUGUUUUCAUAUUUUGCGCAAACACAAUCUUUCCUUUCCUUCUCUGCUUUGUGUAACCACAGGAGUGCUUUAUCGAUGUUAAGCAAGGCGUUGCAAGGAGAACGAGAGGGGGUCGAGGCGCCCGGUCUGCUCAUUAUUCAGUUUGUUUUAACGUGAAGCGAGGCGUGUUAGGCUUGUUGUGUGGUGUUGGUGUGUGCAUAGUUUAGAUCAGAGGUGGGAAUCAAAAGUCCUGCAGGUGGGUAGGGCAGGAGUACCGCUAUGCUCCUCGGUCUGUGCCCUCGUGCCAGUUUAUUAAGCGGUUUGGAAAACAAAAGGUUGCCCUCGGCCAUCGGAGGCCUCGGACAGAGUCUGUCCACGCCUCUGUUGCGCUACUGCCUCAAAAUUGUAUUUUAAAUCAGUUUUGCACUUAUUUCAUCUGUUAGGGUCUGUUAUUUUGAGACCUGAGAAAAUGAAUUUGCGUAGCAAAGUCUAUAUAAAAAUAAAUAAGUAAAUGAAAACUACAUUUUUAUAAUAUAGUUUGCCAUCGUUUUUAAGGCCUACCAUAUCCUGCAAAAAUGAUAGGAAUUUCAAACAUUCCCAGUUACUGUAAUUUAAAAUAGAUUUUAACCUUGGGUUUGCAUGUCGUUGAAACGUGUAUGUGUUGACCCUAACAACUGGACUGCUUAUAUGUAAUAAACGUUCAAUUAAUGGUGAUUGUGCCGGAGGGGGCCAUGAAGAAACACAAUGUUGGCAGCCUGACGUUGCCCAAACCCUUUUUGAUACGCAGUGAUUUAAAAUUACAUUGUUCAUCUUUAGCUCGACCAAUGACUUUAAUGACGUCGAACCAAGAUUUUGCUUUCCACAAAAAUAAUAUUCAACAGGCAUACUAAGAGAAAGACAUAUCAGCCGUACAAUAUGCUGCAGACGUUUCCUCAAAGAUCGGAUGCUUGUGUAAGGAACAGGCAGACACUUUUCGAAGGAAUGUUUCUCCGGAAAUGGGCCGUUUCAAUAUCAACACAUCUAUUGGUCCGUGCAUCCCUCAUUUACCAAAGCUUUUUGCAGAUGUGACUGUUAGAUUGAAGUCACUCCCAAGGAUUAGGCAGGCCAGCAGCUUAUCCUCGCUUUUUUCACUUCAGGUUUUGUUUGCUUUUGCCUCAAUGUGUUAUUUUUUUUGUUGUUUUUUACGAUCAGCCCCUUCUCAUUCAAAUACCUCAAUUAAUUGCAUGCAUUUUCUAUAUAUUUGUUCCUUGUUUGGUGCUAUCGUUUUUGUAUUGAGCUUGAACUCUCACUUUUUUUGCACUGUAACUAAAUACCUCUUUGUUUGACCUAUUUUUAUUUGGUUAUGUUUCAUUUUUCGAAUCUGUUGGGUGUGGUUGUCCUGUCCUAUAAGGCGCUCUAGGGGAGAGGUGUAUUGUCAAACUCCCCUGCCUGAUGCAAAGCUGAAACGAGACGUUUUGAGCGUGGAGGGAGUGUGUUUUCUGCACAAAAGCCCAACAAUUGUAUCCCCUCAUUUCCUAAUCAUGGAUUUAAUUAGUCGCCAAACGCUUAAAUCCCAUGGACAUCACCAAACAUAUGUUAUGCAAUGGCUAUGUUCUGCUCUGAUUACAGCCAGCGGCAGGUGACAUCACCAAGCAUAAUUUCAGCCAAUUAGAAAAGGCUCUUGCAAUGUCUGCUUUACCAUGGAUCGUGAUGUCCCUUGGGCGUGACUUUAGUGUUUAUCUACACAUUAUUAUUUUAUUAUGGGCGGGAGGGAUCGCUUUUCAUGAAUACAUUUAUUUUGUGGGUAGGCUCUCUUAAAUGCUCAUGGAGGUAAUCUGAUUGCACUCUGUAGCACGAAUUGCAAUUAUUUCAGGAAAUGUCGUACACUCUCAACUGACAAGAAAAAGUAAGUGUUAACUAAACCUCUGUGAAUGGCACUCUUGCAAAGUACUGUUGUUAGCAUGGCUACCUAAACUCUAUUUGAACAUCUAAACAUAACACCUUAUGUGCUUCUACCUCAAUAUACAGAUAAGAAAUAUUUUUUAAAAGUAUGAUAUGUAUUCCUGAUUAGUACUGCCCUUUUAACAAAUGCUUAUGGCAGGGACACAUUCUGUAGUCUUUACUGUGAUACCUGUACCUUGAAAAGCGUACACAUGUGUGUUUGUAGACAACAAAUUGCACUCUUGAGUCGACAUUCCCACAGAACAAAAAAGUUAGACGGCAUUGAGAAACCACCAACUCCCCAGAACACAUUAUCCAGUGCCUUCUGACCGUAAUGAGACCGUGUCUAUUGAACAGUGCUGGCCGCGCCAACAGCUUAGUUCUACGGGAUGUAGGGAUGCAAAGACUCGCCUUGGAGUGCCAUACAUGUCCUUGUUCUGGGUUUAGCUUCUAUAGGCAUUGUAAAUAGCCAUGUAAAUAGUGAGCUGGGAGUUAUGCUUCAAAAUAGUAACCUUCAAUUAUAUGAGGAUGUGAACUAAAGUAUAGAAGAAAAAAGUACGGAUGUGACCUACAUUUUUUUCUUCAUUCAACUCUUUAAUUGUAGUAUUACCAGUAAACGGAGUGCGAUCGGUCAUUAUUUCUGAAGCGAGAGUCCAAACCACUUGUCGUCGUCCCCCACCCCCGCGAGAGUAGGCCUACCGUUGAAUCAUUGUGAUCCUUUUAACAUCAGAGCAAGCUACAUCCAACAGCCUACAUGUUACCCACAGUGAUCCUGUUUUCGUCACUCAAUCACAAAGGCACACGGAACAUUUGUUGAACCUGGAAAAGAAAAACAAUACAAGGAAAAACUAAGUGGAGUGUCACACCGGUUUCUUUCUUAUUUUGUGUGUGACGUGUUACAAAACGAAAUUAUAAUUGGUGGCAUGAAUAUUGUACAACCUCAUUGUUAUGUAGGUGGUUUAGUUAAGUGGCAAGUGGAUGUCAUGCAGGCGGUCGAUUAUUUUAUUUGUUUGGUUUUGUUAAGGGAGUGAUGAAGUGGAGAUGUUUUUGUUUUGUUUGUGCGUCACCAGCAGGAUUAUACUCUUAUUGGUAAUGUGGUGGGAUAUCUGUUUUGUUGUUUUUCGAUAUUUGUCUUUCUUCAUGUAGCACAAUGGAGCAUUGCACUUGGGCGCCAAACUUUACCUCAUGUUGGAGUGAAACGGAGAACAGAGGGAAGAGACUGAAGGUGUUUGUGUGUGUGUAUUUAUUUGAUGUGCGCACACAGCUUUUGGUUAGGAGGACUUGCUUGUUUCACUUUGCUGCUGGUUCAGUUGCUGGUGAAACACAACUCUGUUCAAAGGAGAACAAAGACUGCCACAAGAGAAGAAUUAAACGGGCAUGUGAUUAAUACACUGAAGACUCUCUCUCACACACACACACACACACACACACACACACACACACACACACACACACGCGUAAGGUAUUGGAGCCGCCUCCCUUUUCUGUAUUGGUAAAGGAAGGGCUAAUCCACACUAAACACCACAGAAACUAGGCUUCACCAAGCAGUGAAACAUCAGCAGAUUACAACGGAAUGACGUGCUUUCUACCAGUAUGGUGUUGCAUGGGAUGGGGGGGGGGGGGGGGACAAUGGUCCAUUACCUGCUGUGCGAAGAUUUUAAAGGACGUUGAAUUGAAUUCAAAUGGAACUCCUCCCUCAUAUACUGUAAUACCGUGCUGUGGUGGUUUGCGGUCUGCACCUUAUGGAUCACAGUUACCUAUUCAUUUAAUUUUUGGUUCCUUUUUUUUUUUUGUAAUUCUUGUAGCCGAAUCUAUAUAAAUAUACAAUAAAAGUAAUGGUAUGGUC